CUGAGUGUCAUCCACUUCACAACUGGAAUUGAGCAGCGAGAGGUGAGGCCCUUGAAUGCACCACCAUUGAGCCAUCAUCAUGAUGUCCUACUUGAAGCAGCCCCCUUACACGGUGAACGGACUCAGUUUGUCCGCCCCUGGGGUGGAUCUGCUGCACCCUUCCGUGGGAUACCAAGGCACACCUCGGAAGCAGCGGCGGGAAAGGACUACCUUCACCAGGGCCCAGCUGGACAUACUGGAGAAUCUGUUCAUCAAGACCCGCUACCCGGACAUCUUCAUGAGGGAAGAGGUAGCCCUCAAGAUCAACCUGCCUGAAUCCAGAGUGCAGGUAUGGUUCAAAAACCGAAGGGCCAAGCACCGCCAGCAGGCCCAGCAGACCCAAAGUGGAGCACCGAGCAAAGCGUCCAGCACCAAGCCAGUGAAAAAGAAGGCCUCCCCGGUGCGGGAGGCCAGCUCGGACAGCGGGGCGAGCGGCCAGUUCACGCCGCCCUCCAACGCCUCUCUGCCGGUCGUAAGCAGCGCAGCAGCACCGGUGUCCAUCUGGAGCCCGGCUUCCAUUUCGCCUCUAUCCGACCCCAUGUGCACUUCCUCGGCGUCCUCCUGCAUGCAGCGCUCCUAUCCGGUGACGUACACGCAAGCUACGUCGGCCUACAACCAGGGCUACACGGGCUCGUCGUCCUUUUUCCCCGGCAUGGACUGCGGCUCGUAUCUCUCUCCGAUGCACCACCACCAUCAGCUGAGCUCCGCUAUGAGCCCAAUGAGCGGUGGAAGCGGCAGUGGGGUGUCCAACCAUCUGAGCCCGGCGUCGUCGCUCUCCUCAUCGGCGUACGGCUACGGAGGCACCGCGGACUGCCUGGACUAUAAAGACCAGACGGCUUCGUCCACAUGGAAGCUCAACUUCAACGCGGAUUGUUUGGAUUAUAAAGAGCAGCAAGCGGCGUGGAAGUUCCAGGUUUUGUGAUCCGACUUCCACGCCCCGGAGGGGGGACUCCUCUUCUACCUCUGGCGGACAAAGCAGGACUGCGGCUUCUUUUUCUCCUUUUCGCCUGAGCAGUCACACUCCCAACUUUGAUCAAGGACAUGGAACGUUUCCCCAAAUUAAGGGUGCAACUUUUUCUGGGAGGGGGAAAAGUUUUAAUAAGCUCAUUAUGAGUCAUGAUCAAAGUUGGUGUGUGCGAGACCUCUGAUGGAUGCACUACUUAAUUUAUGACAAAUGUGUUUAAAACGAAAGACAAUCAAAACUUUCCCCGUCUUCACCCAGUUUUGUUUUUUUCAAUGUUAUUCUGAAAUCAUCUCAUCCUUUUUUGCUAUUUGUUUAAUGACAAAUUAUUAUAGUUAAAAGGGGACUAUGCAGGUAAAGCUGUAUUUAAAAGGACAGACACACCCUCAGUAAUAAAAAGAAAUAAAUAAACAUGAGCCAAGUUGCAUGUGUACAUUAUAUGUGCUGUAUUUGCUUUGUUUGUGACCUCUAUUGCAUUGCACAUUUAUGAGAAAAGACAUAUUGCAAAGAUAGGGGAAAAUAAGUCAUCAGUGUAAAUAAAUAGAAAACCAGUUACCAGUCAGACAAUUACGAGACAAAAGACAUUAUGAGAAUAAAGUUAAGAUGACAUCAACAGUCAGAAGACAAGUCAGAAUUUUACAAGGCAUGAUGUUAGAAAAAGUCAUAGUUAUGGGAAUAAAAUCCAAGAAUUGCAAGAAUAAACAAAACAAAAAAUACAAGAUAAAAGUUUCAAUGAAUGUUAGGGAGUGAUAGACAAUUACAAGAAUAAUGGUGCAAAAUCUGGAAAAAUAAAGUCAAGAAUAAAGUCAUUCCACAAGAAGAAAAGAGGUAAUAAUAUGAUACUAGAACUGUCCCAUCUUAUGAGACGUCAUCAGGAUAUGGAAGAAAAGCCAUAAUGUUAUGA